AUGCUGUUGCUUGCCUUCCCGAGCUCCGAGGGCUCCUCCUGCUGUCUUGGGAGCGGAGAUUGGCCGCUGGACCCGCACGAGAUACUCGUGCACCCGCAAGAUCUGGAGCACCUACGGGUGCCGGGCUUCGGCUACGUUGCGGUCAACCGCAACAAUGGCAGCGGCGACGCCGACAGCAGCAGGAGCAAAGGUGGCCGUCGCCGUCGUUCAGCAGCAAAAGUAGAACACAGUAAUACUGCAGCACAGGAGGAGGAGGAGGAGGAGGAACGCCAGAAGCCACUCGCCUAUUGCAGAGCGGUUCCAGACGACUCUCUGGCUCCGGGCGAGACUCGAGCUCCCGCGUGGCUCUUGAGUGCCGCGGGAGUACAGCCCCGGCAGCACCUAUCGAUUUCUCGCCCCUCCGAGGUUCAAGAGGCUGAGAAUUUAGCCGUGCCCUUGGGAGGGGAUGACCAACAACAGCACCAUCUGCCCCGUGUCCGUGUUGGUCUGGCCCUCGAGCACCGACAGGGGGAAGAGGACGCCUCGGCAGGGAACCGCCCAUCUCCUGCCGGCAACGGGAUCAUUUCGCAAAACGUGCGCAGCGGUGGUUAUGUUAGCAAGUGCGACAGCCGCGCUAUCGCGAGACGCGUUUCUGGGUGCAUGGUGCGCGACGGGUCGCUUCUGGCUGCCGAGGUUCUGGGCGAGACGGUCCUUAUGCGGGUCAUGGGCAUCUCUUGCGGCAACGACGACGGCGGUGAUGCAUCCCCCGUCAAGCGGCCUUUGAUAAUCAACUCGGGCACCAAGGUUGCGUUGGUGGGACCACAAGAACAGGAGAGAUCUCGGAGUUCACCCGUUUCGUGGGACGGGCAGCCGGUUUCGCCCGGAGGGGAGCAAAGCCGCCGCCGCCGCCCAAGGCGCCGGCCCCAACAGCAAGCUACCAAGGGCUGCACAGAAACCUGGGCUCGGCAGGCACCAGGCUUGGAGGCUGCUCUGAGCGAGCUCCGUGCCCUUGUCCUCCUGUCUGUCGGCGGCAGCAGCGGCGGUGCCUGGUCAGGCGUCCUACCCGCGGGGGUCGCCCUCUGCGGCCCCUCUGGCGUCGGCAAGACCCUCUCGCUCGACCUCCUCGCCGAAGACCUCAGCGAAAACCACGGCGUCCACGUCAUUCGCCUCCUCGGGCCUCAGAUCCUGGCCGGCUCCGGCCAAGGCGGAAGAGGCGGCGGCGGCGGCGGCGGCGGGACGAGAGCCUCGGCAGCGAGCUCGCCGUUGCAAGGGCCGCUCGGCCUGGCCCUCUCCGAGGCCCGCGCCCGCGCUCCGUCCGUCCUCGUCUUCGACGAACUCGACGCCCUGUUCGAUGCGUGCGGCGGCGGCGACGAGGGCGGAGACACCGCCCCUCUGGGCGAGGGGGCGAGGGCGAACGCGGCGCUGCUCGAAGCGCUGGACCGCGCCUCCGCGAUCAAAGGAGUGGCCGUGCUGGGCGCGACUCGCCGUUCGCCGGGCGGGAAGGGGGGCGCCGGGUGGGUGGGGCUGGAAGAGGGCGAAGGUGGAGGAGGCGACGGUGCCGCCCUGCCCGCGGCGUUCCGGAAGCCAGGCCGAUUCGAUAGAUGCGUGGCGAUCGGACCCCCUACGCAAGCGCAGCGCGAAGGGAUCCUUUCUAUGGUUCUGUCGACAGUGGCAGGGGCGGCGGAGUUGGAGCUUGAGCCGCUUUCAACAGCCCUUCAGGCGCGGCCUAUUGCUGGAAGUCCGCCCGACGAGAUGUCGUCGGGAAAACCCGUCGUAAUCGCUUCAAGAGAUGCACCGGACCUGGAGCCGGAGCGAGAACCGAGAACAAUCUUUGCCGAUAAGGACGACGCUCGAGGCGGGCGAGGAGAGGGUCGAGGUUCUUCAGGCAGAGCAGAAAGAAAGACGGAAGACAGCAACAGCGAGUCAACGGAGGCGGGCGCAGCGGCGGCUGCCAUCGCGGAAGAGUGGGCCAAGCGCUUGAGCUCGCUGACCCCCGGCAUGGUCGGGGGCGACCUGGAGCGUCUCGUUCGCACGGCGCGGGCACGCUCCUUGCAGCGCGGGCGGGACCUGGCGGGACAACAAACAACACAGCCCUCGCCCCCCAGGUUUUUGAUGUGGGAAGACGUGAUGGCAGCGGUUGCCAUCACCGUGCCUCGGUCACUGCAGGGCUUAGACGUGGCAUCUGCCGGCAGCGGCGGUGAAGGUGGCGGCGGCGGCGGCGGCGGCAGCGGUCGCGGCCCAACGUGGAGAUCUGUCGGCGGUUUCUCGAAAGCGAAGCGUCGCCUGCAGCGGCUGGUGCAGUGGCCGUGGCUCCACCCCGAAGCGUUCGCACGAAUGGGGGUGUCCGCGCCCGCCGGGGCGCUGCUAUAUGGGCCGAGCGGGUGCGGCAAGAGCCUCGUGGCGCAGGUGUUGGCGACGGAGUGCCUGGCGAAUUUUUUGUGGGUCAGGUCGUCGGAGCUGCUCUCUAGGUACUUGGGCGAGACCGAGGCCAAGCUGAGGGCCCUGUUUUCGAGGGCCCGCGCCGCGGCGCCCUGCAUCCUCUUCCUCGACGAGCUGGACGCGAUCACGGCGAAGCGCGGCGACGGCGGCGGCGGCGAUGAGGGCGAGGGGGGCGGAGGGGCAGGGAGCGUCCACGCGCGCGUCCUCAGCACGCUGCUCAACGAGAUGGACGGAGUCGCUAGCGGCGGCGGUGGCGGCGGCGGCGGCACGUCGGGUUCGUCGCCGUCGCCGACGGGGGGGGGAGGAGUUCUCGUCCUCGCAGCGACAAACCGCCGGGGCGCCCUCGACGCCGCGCUUCUCAGACCGGGCCGGCUGCACGAGAGCGUGGAGCUGGGCUUCCCUGGGAGGGAGGACAGGGAGGGGGUGCUGAGGGUCCACGCGGGCCGCUUGCCCCGCGGGGCGGCUGGGAUAGACCUGGCGCGGCUCAGCCAGGACGACGUGUCGGGCGGGCUCACCUGUGCCGAUCUCGAGGCAGCUUGUCGGGAAGCGGCGAUGAUGGCAAUGAGAGAGGAUCUACACGGCGCGAGAGAGAUGAGUGCAACCGAACCAAAACCAGGUGCAGAAUCGCCAGGCAGUGGUGCUCCAGAAGACUUGCUUCCUGCUGGGGGGACAGAGGUGCCACCCCUCCGACAAACAGCCACGACGAACCCAGAGGCUGCCUCCCUCAGUUUUCCCGAACAUGUCACAGAGGCAGUCAAAACGGCGAUCAUCGGAUUCAAACCCCCUGCGGAACGUGCCAUCGCCACACUCGAGGGUGGGAACAAGGCAAAUAGGUCCAUCAUCAACUUCUAUGGGGUGAGGCUUGAACUGCUGCCCCUGCAGGAAGGACGGCGGAAGCAAGAAUGGGCUUGCCUUGCCUCCCAGGCGUGCCGAGCGAGUGGCAAGAGACUGAAGAUUUUCUCGUACCAAACGUCGGGAGCGACGACGCACCUGAAAGACACGCAUGGGAUCGGGGGUGCGACAUCAGCCGAGAGCACGAAGAGGAAACACGAUGAGUUGACGGCGAAAGGAGACGGCGCCGAAUGUCCCCGCUUUCUACCAAGACGACCCGUCACGGUAGUACACACUCGCGUUCAUCAAGAGCUUCAUCAUCGGUGCGGGAAUCCGUAUCAGCGUAGUGGAGAACGACUACUUCCGGGCAUGUCUGUCGGCUUUUUGCGUGGACACCUUUGA